AAAUUCAAUCACCUUCUUAAAUAUUUAGCAUAAGCACUUUUGAACUGUAUGUCUUAAUUACGUACUUUUGCUUCUAAAAAUAAGUUUAUUUUUUAUAAACGGUCUUUCCCAAGAAUAUGGGUACAAUCAAGCAAACACGACACGUCCAUUCGAGAAGAGGGAAGAAUGUUCAACAUUCCUGAUAUUGUUUAGAAAAAAAAAACCCACAGUAAUUUUAUCGCAUUAAAAAGUGUGACUGCAUUUGACAUUUACUUCUUAUUUGUUGACCGUCUAGAACUAUUCACUAUGUAGGUUUAUGGUGUCCUUGUGCAUUUACUGUAUUUUAUCUAUCCAAUAAUGGACCAUUACAGCACGGUCUCGCUCUAGCAAUCUGCAACUUUAGCAGCGAAGGCAAAUGCGAAAAAAAUACCAAAAGUUUUCCAUUUGGUUUGAAUACAUAAAAGAUAGCAUUUUCUGUAAUAUAUCUAAUCUACAACACAUAUUCCCCAGCCAGCCUAUGUGGUUCGUCUUCAUCUAGCUAUAGCUAUUACAGAGAGGCCUAGCUAAGCGGCCUCUCUGACUGGACCACCCAACCUUGCAAGUACCAUGAAAUGGCUGUACCUAUCGCUAUUAACUAGACUCAACUCAGACGCAAUAUCACCUGUAAAGCUUACCAUUCUAGGCUGUGAUUGUUUGAUAUACACAAUAUGGUUAUAUUGAGGCGAUUUGCAAUCUGACCAAUGACGAACAUGCUUUCUUAAGAAACCCAUGCCAAUGAUUUGAAUAAAACCUCAUGUUGUGUCAUACUCAUAUUGCUGGUGGUCAAAUUUGUCACAUUUUGGGAGUCUCGACAAUGAAAACAUCCUAAAUUCUAAAGAAUUUACUGGGCUGUGGAUGAAAAAAAUACAAACAUGGCUGAAAGCUUAUCAAAAUUACUAGAAUGCCCUCUAUGUUUUGAAGAAUAUCACCUUAAUACCAAGCUGCCUAAGAUGCUGCCAUGCCAACACACACUAUGUUUGUCAUGCCUGAUGCGAGUAACGAAGAAAGAUCAAAGAAUCAAAUGUCCAGUGUGUCGAGCGUCUCAUCGUGCUCCACCUAACGGGCUAGCCUCUAUUGCAAACAACAUCACCCUGAUCGGUGUGCUGGAAAGCCAAACUACCAAUGGUAAACGUGAAGCAAAGAAUAUGGAGAGUCUGAAGCAAUACCUAGAUGGUAAGCUAAAGACGCUUAAGAAACAAGGAAAAGCUGAGAACACAAAUGACGAAGUUCACGAGAAGUUGAAUGCCAACUGCAAGGCAACUAAAGAGGAGAUUGACAGGAGUUUCCAAACACAGAUGGAAAUGCUGCUUAGACGACAGCGUAAGCUCCAUCAGGAAGUGGAUAAACACAUGAAAGAUGAAAAGGAAAGGAUCCAGGAAAGUCAUGCAGAGAUCAUAACAGAGUUAAAUGACAUUGUAGAGAAUUGCCGACGCAUCGAAAAGAAGCUGGCGUCUGCUGACGCCCUCACAGAAAAUGAACUCUUGACGUACUCACAGAAAUGCACUCGCUACGAGCUGAAGAUUCAGAAUGGAAAAGCAAAGUUAGACGAGGUGAAAAGUGUAGUGACUUUCAUGGAAAGUCAUGAUGAGGAUUUAAGAAUAUCAAUCAAUAACUUUGGAAAAGUUUGUACCAUCGUGAAAGAGAACAUGCCAAGGUAUGUAUCCCUUAACUGCUGUAAGAAGGAGCCGGUGAUGAUUGGGAAGAAUAUACUGGAUGGCAACCUGUUGGAGGAUGGUCCAUUAGCAGUUGCGCUUUUGGCCAACAACAGUAUUGCCGUCACUGAUGGAGUCAACAGUUGCAUACGGAUUUUCAACAAGCAGGGAAAACUUGAAUACUCCUUCGGGAAAGAAAAUCUCCAAUACCCAACUGGUCUUUGCUAUAAUUUGAAUGAAGAGUUUGUUGUGACAGACAAGACGGGAAAGAUACGGAUUUUCAGUAAGGACGGGAAAUUUCUUCGGGAUCUUGCUACUACCGAUUGUGCUAUAGUCGGCAUGCCUCGCAUGAUUGGAAUCACCUGUGACGGAUCAUUUAAGUAUUACGUUGCAAACGGGAAAUCCCAUCAGAUAGAUGUGUUUUAUCCCAAUGGAAAAUACGUCUGCCAUUUUUCAGCUCCGGAAGUGACCAUGAAUCCCCAAGGACUAACAACCUACAACGGGAACAUUUAUGUAACAGACAGUAACAAUCAUUGUAUUCAUAUCUUUAGCUUGAAUGGCCAAUAUGUUAACAAAAUUGGAGAAAGGGGCAAGGGAAACGGUCAAUUUGAGUUACCAUGUGGAAUAGUGUGUGACUCCAAUGGGAAAAUCAUUGUGGCAGAUGGUGGAAAUUGUAGAGUGCAGGUUUUUGAUCAGACUGGAGCGUGGAUCACGUCUUACGGCACUAAAGGCAAAGGAAAGCUGCAGUUUGAUUCACCUUCAGGGGUGGCAUUGUCCACUCAUGGUCGAGUUAUUGUUGCUGAUCGAUUUAAUGGAAGAAUUCAGGUAUUAUAAAAACUGCUACAGGACCCUUUUCCUAAUUUCAGUAAUUGCUGACAAGUAUGACAUUUUCUAUAACAAUAAAUUUAAAUACAAAACAAUAAUAAUUAAUAAUAAGUCUGUAACAUUAUCAAAUGUGCUAAUGUAUUAAAACUUUACAUGUACUCUAUGUGUAUUAUGGUUGAAGAUAAUAAAUACUCAUGAGCUAAA